AUGUCGAUGGAUCUGGAUGCUCCCGUCCCCAUGUUGGGGAUGCAGCAGAAUGUUGUUGCAGCAACUAUCCUUUGCUGCAACUGUGGUGCUCCCAUCGAUGGUACAAGCUCUGCUGGUGCUCUGUGUCACGACUGUGUUAAGCUCACCGUUGACGUAUCGAGCGGUAUACAACGAGAGGCCAGUCUUCACGUCUGCCGUGACUGCGAGAGAUGGCUACAGCCUCCGAACAGCUGGGUCGUCGCCGCCCCCGAGUCGAAAGAACUUCUCGCCAUUUGUUUGCGCCGACUCCGAGGUCUGAACAAAGUUCGUAUCAUCGACGCAAGUUUCAUCUGGACCGAGCCCCACUCUCGCCGUGUGAAGGUGAAGAUUACCAUCCAGCAGGAGGCGUUCCAGGGUACUAUUAUUCAACAAACAUUCGAAGUCGAGUAUGUAGUUGCCAACCAGCAAUGCCCUGACUGUCAGAAGAGUUUUACGCACCAUGCUUUCCGAGCCACCGUUCAGGUCCGACAGAAGGUGCCUCACAAGCGUACAUUCCUCUACCUGGAGCAGCUUAUUUUGAAGAAUGGUGCACACAAGGACACUACCAAUAUCAAGGAAAACAAAUAUGGCCUUGACUUCUUCUUCUCAAAACGUAAUGAAGCUGAGGCCAUGGUUGACUUCAUCAGGAGCAAUAUGCCGUGCACAUACAAGAAGGCUCAAGAGCUCAUCUCGGAAGAUAUCCACGAGUCGAAGAAACAAUACAAGUUCACCUUCUCGGUUGAAUUAAUCCCUAUCUGCAAGGACGACCUUGUUGCUCUGCCCUUGCCUCUUGCACGCCAGCUGGGCAACAUUUCGCCAUUGGUUCUUUGUCACCGGGUCAGCACCACAGUCAACGUGAUUGACCCCCAAACGCUUCAAACUGCCGAAAUUCCCACAGCAAACUAUUGGCGCUCGCCUUUCCGGGGUCUCGCAGACGUCACUGAAUUGAAGGAGUUUGUUGUUCUUGAUAUUGAGCCAGUAGGCCAGUCCAACGGCCGCUUCUUUUUGGCCGAGGCUACUGUUGCUCGCGCCUCUGAUCUCGGCUCAAACGACAUUACCUAUUUCACUCGCACUCACCUUGGUGGUGUUUUGCACGUGGGUGACUCGGCCAUGGGAUACGAUUUGACUGGAACCGUUUUCAACGACGACAAUUUCUCCGCUAUCGAGGCCAACAAGAGGUUUGGCUCCACCAUUCCGGAUGUGAUACUCGUCAAGAAGUUUUAUGCCCGCAAGAAGAAGCCUAAGGGUCGUAACUGGCGUCUCAAGCGCAUGGCUCGCGAAUACGAUGAGGAGUCCAUGGCCCAGGGCAAUGCCUCUAAUCGUCGCCAAGAUCAGGAGAGUCGUCUCGAACAGGACUUCGAGUUGUUCUUGCGUGAUGUUGAGGAAGAUCAGGAAUUGCGGCAGACUUUGGAUCUCUACAAAGCUCGUAAUCGCCCACAGGCGGGAGAGAUGGAGAUGGAUGAGGACAGUGGAAGUGAGGAUGAAGUCCCGCAGAUCAAUGUUGACGAUCUCCUUGAUGACUUUGAUGAGCUAAAUAUGGAGGACGAAUAA